AUCACGUGGCUUGCGCGUCAAACUCAAAUCCCGUUACGUCAUGAAUGUGAGGUUAUGUUUUGCACCGCGAAGCAGGGAUUGUGUUUAGGAAUGAGCCGAGAUCAACGCAGGCCUCCAACUUCUCGAUUUAGAUAAUGGCAGGAGCGGAAGGGCGGGUGGAAUUCGUGACAGAACAAUGUCCAAUAAAACCGCGAAGGAUCGGUCCCCAGAACAUAGUGGUUCGUCUGCGUCGACGGGAGAUGCUGGGCUGCAGAUACCCGGGUACCCACGUCCUCGUAGCGAGGCAAUUCUACCAAAACGUAUUCCCAAACUUCACCGUAGUAAACGUCGAGAAACCUCCCUGUUUUCUGAGAAAAUUCAGCCCCGACGGAAGGUACCUCGUUGCUUUCAGCUCUGACCAAACGUCAAUCGAAGUUUACGAGUACCGCGGAGCAUCCGCCGCAGCCGCUCUCCUCGCCGAUUGCAAGGGCGAAUACGUUGGACACAAAAAUGACGAGAGAACUUUUCGCAUCAGAAGUAGCGUCUUCAACCAGUUUUUCAAGGCCAAAUGGAUUGUCAAUGUUGCUCAAAGCAAUGAACAGCUUAAUCGAGAAUGUAGUCUGUUCACGGAUGAUGGACGCUACGUGAUCGUAGGAUCCGCUGCUUACAUACCAGACGAACUACGUCCUCACUUCUAUCAGAUCUAUUCCAAUAAUGAAGCGUUGACACCAAACCCUAGAUCUCCCCUCGAAGACUACAGUCUUCACUUGGUUGAUCUUCGUGCUGGACGACUAUGUGAUACUAGGCAUUUCAAAGUGGAUAAAAUUUACCUGUCGCACAACCAAGGUUUAUAUUUAUUCAAGGACAUCUUGGCUGUGCUUUCUGUUCAGCAUCAAACUAUACAUAUAUUUCAAAUACUGGAUGGAAUGUUUAUUAAUGUCAGGACAAUCGGCAGAUUCUGCUUGGAGGAUGAUGGAUAUCUAGUCACCACUGCUUGGCCUACAGUGAACUCCAGACCUUUCAGAGAUGUUACAAUAAACAGCCUGAAACAUAAACUGCUUGUGUACUUGUUUAAACGGGCUAAAUGCAUCAGCGACUCGACAAGAGAUCCGUAUGAACUACGACGAUUUUAUCAGUAUUUCGAUCAGUUAAAGGCUCUGCGCAUGUGGAAAAUGCAAUUGCUAGACACAAAUCAUAUACUGGUAAGGUAUGCUAGUGAGGAAGUGGCAACACUACAGGCAAGUGAACCAAAUGCCCAACCAGCCCUUUUGGUUGUCUACGACAUGGUUACUGCCAAAGUUUUAGCUGCCUAUGAUAAUGCGUCUACUCAGCUGUUGACGCAGUUCGAAAAUUUUAGCGAUUUUUUUCGAAAUGCAAGGAUGAGUACUGAUCGACAAUACAUGUGCUCACCGUCAAACAAUAUUUAUGCAAGACUGAUACAGCAAAGGUUUAAGCAGACUAUAGUUAGCGCGCGAUAUGGUGGUCAAACAGAAGCAACAAAAAGAUUACUUGCUCAAUUGCCAAUUAGUGCCCAAUCUUACUCCAGCUCUCCUUACCUCGAUCUUUCGUUGUUCUGUUAUGAUGAUAAAUGGGUCUCGAUGAUGGAGCGGCCAAAGGCAUGUGGCGAACAUCCCAUACGCUUUUAUGCCAGAGAUUCUGGAUUACUUAAGUUCAGAAUUUACGCUGGGAUGCUGGGCCGAGUGACGCCAGUUGUUGCUAGAAGACUAGUCGCGUUCACAUUUCACCCUAGUGAUCCCUUCGCAAUUUCUGUACAACGGACAAAUGCUGAAUAUAUUGUCAACUUUCAUGUACGACAUAUUUAACAAAAGCUCUAUGGAAGCUAACAUGUACAUAAAAAUUAGCUAUCGUUUGUUAAUAUAAAUUUGAAAAAAAAACAAUACUUACGCGAAAAAUACUCUGUUCAAUUCUGUGAUAUAAAUUGUCUUGUUCAAUAUUGUAAUUAUCAGUAAUAUUUAGGUGUAGUAUAUACACGUGUAUAAUAUUUGUAUUGAUACGUCUCUUAGUUGAAGCAGAAAUGAUAAAUAGUUAAUAUGAAUUUUGUACAAGGAGUGAAAAUAAGAUUUGCAAAUUAAGUUAAAAACAAUGUGUUACACAACGUGCCUGAUAUCGUUGUCAAUUAUUUGUAGUUAUGAAAGGCAUUAAAACAUUUUCUGCCCGAGUCCUCAGUUUUAAGUUUAGGAAAUAAAAAAACUUGGAUAAAAAAAUUACAACAAAUAGGUAUAUAUACUUUUAAACAUAGGUAUAAAUAUAUUUACCUACUGGGAUUGAGAAUAUCACUGCGUCAACUACUCUUCAUCUAAUGCAAAGUUUUGUACAUUUACAUAGACUAAAAGAAUUUUUGACAUACCUUACAACUUUAUUGACAUAAUUCUGAAGAAUAAAAAAUGUACUAAGCAA